CAAAUUUUGUUUCGGUCAUAUCUCAUAUGAUUGCGUACAGGGGGAGGAAAUUUUUUUAAGCCUAGAAUAUAAAGAGAAGUGUUUUCCUCCUCCUCAGAGGAACAAUCCCUGAUUUUGACAUUUUGCUUAAUGUGAAACGUAGUUUUAUACAUUAAGCUAUGGAAUAGUAAGAUAAAUAUAUAUAUAUAUGUAUAUAUAUAUAUAUAUAUAUGUUUGUUCAGUGAUUUUGGAGAAAACCAGAAAAGAUAGAGAGUUCGGGUUUUCGGCAUUCGAUAGGGCAUGAAAAACCCUCCAGACGUAUUAUUUUCCCCAUAAGUGCUCCCCAUUUAAUUUUUUCAUUCAUGGACCCUCUUUUUUGGAUUCCACUUUGAAAAAUAUUUCGAUUCCACUCACCAUUUAUUGAGUGGAUAACGAAUGGAUUCGGGUGGAAUUAUUUUUCUCCGCAACUUUAUUGGGUGGAUAAAAGAUGGAAUAAAUGAGUUUUACUUCAGUGUUAAUUUGAUUACUUUGGAUCUAGAUGAAACUUGUUGAAAAAAAGUUGGAGACACCCGAGGUACCAAAUUGUUUUAGAUUCCUUAUAAAAUUACCUUUCGAAUGGUAUAUAAAUUAUGGAGUUUCCGGCAGGUUUGAUGGCGUUUUACGCUGGCCGUUUGGCCGAAAUAUGAAAAAUUGUGAGAAAAAUCGGCUUCCGAAUCUUAUUGCAAGCAACCUAGUUCUAUGGUUUUGAUGAAACUUUGCCAGACGAUAGCUCUUGAAGCUCUCUUUCCAACGGUAUAUAGCUUAUUAGCCAAUCGAACUUGUGGAUGUGUUUCCCAGGUGGCCGUAGAUUGACGCUAGUGAUAUAUCAAUGAUACCAUUGAUAGUUCGAUAUGAAUAGCGUGCUAUUGGUACAUUUUAAUAUUGUGACAAAAACAAUUUUUCUCUUCAAUAUUUUUCCUUCAAAAAUAGACAUCUAAAGUAUCAAUAUAGAGCGCCAUAUUUAAUUUUAUGUAAUUAGUGAAAAUAUUUUGCAAAUUCAACUUUCAAGGGAAAUUUUAUUGCGGUAAAAAUUACAUUUUACCAUGUGAAACAAUUCCCUCAUGUUGGAAUGGCAUUCAUUGCAAGCAACCUAGUUCUAUGAUUUUGAUUAAAUUUCGCCAGAUGAUAGCUCCCAAAGUCCUCUUGCUAACGCUAUAUAGCUUAUUAGCCAAUCAAACUUGUGAAGAGUUUUAGAAUUUCAAUUUAACUAUGGCAUUGACAAAAACCUUAGAGAAAAACGAAAUCCAUGUGAUGCAUUUAUUAGGUAGUUCUGGACGUUCUCAUUUCAGUAAUUGAAUUGAACGAUUUCAUCAUUUAUGGAUCAUCAGCGCAGCUUCUGAGAAAGCCAUCUAUCUAAUUUAUAGGAUUUACUAACUUUUUGAAGUGAGAGCCCAUAGGUAGUCGUUGAGGCAAUAUGAGCCAAAUAUUUGUAAAAUCAAUUUUCAAGGUGUAAUUUAUUUUAAAAAAAAUUGUGGCAAAAAAUUCAAAAUAUGAAUGUCGAGUAGUUUGUUUUUCUUAGUAGUACGGUUCCACGUUUCACAUUAAGCUCUACGGCCAAAAACUGGCAGUGUAUCAUUUUAUAGCAUCGGGUAAGAAAUUCAAAACGCUUGUUCGAAAAAAAAAAAAAACAUCUGUCAAAGAGAAGUGAAUUAGAGUUCAGAAAUUUUUCUGCAUUUCAAAGAACAAACGACCAAUUGAAAAUUGUGUGAAUAAAGUUAAAAAAAAGAAUAAAGGAUGUCAGUGAACGAGAUGACUGGAUGGGAAUUUCUGUAUAAUAGGAUCGAAGAAAAUUUAAGAACCAAAACAGACAUAUUAGUGGCAGUAACUCAUUUUUAUUUGAGAAUGCGGGCUGACUUUCAGUGUGUGGGAAUAGGCGAGCCAUUACCUGGCGAUAAAGAGAAGAAAGGUAGCGGUUUCUUACCACCGAAUUGGAAUGCAAACGGCACAUUGUAUUCCUUAAAAUAUGUACUUCAUGGUAGACUUUACAUUUUAUUGGGAGCAGUGGAAGGUGACGUACUUUCCCUAACCCUAAAUCCAUUACCUGGCGAUAAAGAGAAGAGAGGUUGCUGUUACUUACCACCGAAUUGGAAUGCAAACGGCACAUUGUAUUCCUUAAAAUAUGUACUUCAUGGUAGAAUUUACAUUUUAUUGGGAGCAGUGGAAGGUGACGUACUUUCCCUAACCCUAAAUGAAAAUGAAUCUGAUUUUAAAAAAACCAUUAGUUUUAACGCCACAAAUACCGUUGAAAGAAUGCAGGGCGAUUUAGAAGAACUCAUUCCAAGAAUUGAUGACGUUGUUCGUGAAUUGAGAAAAUUGGCUAAAUCGUUCAUAUCGCCUCCGCCUUACCGUUCGUAUACGAGUGGUGAAGAAGCAAUAAACUCUGCAAAUAAUAGCAAUUUUAUAGCAGUUAAAACAAUGGAUUCGAUUGUUCUCCAAUUUUGUCAACAGCAUUUUUUGAGUAAACUAAGCAAAUUUUUGAAUUUCGAUUAUUUUUUUAAGGAAUUAAUGCAUUAGAGGGUUAAUUUAGCUAACAUUUUUUGGAUAAUUUAGAAUUGCGUAUGUCCUUUACAAUUAUUAAAACUAUACUUUCAUUUAUUAAUUUUCAUACAUUUUCUUGUACACAUAAUACUUUAACAGCGAUAGUUCAGAAUAGCAUGUAUUAGUGCAUAUAUUUAAUGAACACUUUCAAUGGAGUGAACGAGUGACGAAACCAAAAUUUGAAACAAACAAUUUCUUAUAUCAAUUUUAUGACGAAAAUAAUUGGUAGAUAAUUUUUUCAAUUCCGUGUAAAUAUUGGUUGAGUGAUAUCUCUAUGUGAACUCUAUUUAUAUAUUUGCUCAUAAUUUAUUCACUCCAUUCCAAUUGAUUUUAAUAGUUAAGCUAAAACCCUUUCAGGAAUAAGCGAUUCAUUUAAUUCUAAAUAUGUAUAUUUUAAUUGCAAUCAAAAUCAUUAUUGUAACGUCACAAUGGAAUGAAAAAAAGAGAAAAAAACAAUAAAAUUCAAUGAAAUUAGAUAAAUAUGAAAAAAAUUGAGAUCAUUCAUAAUUAUCAAUAUGCAAUAAACUCCACUUACCGAGUACAAUUCAUACCAAGAGGUAACUCGUACUUCGGCAAGGCCACAAUUUAAUCAAGCCUAGCGGACUAACAAAUAAUUGUUAUAAACAAAUUUCUGAAUUAUAAUUUGAUUGAAUGAUGUUGUAUAACAAUUGCUUUACAAUUUGUAUCAAUUUCAAUUGAUUGCAUACCUUUGUGGAGGAUCAGCUUCGCUGCUGCGAUAUCACGAUGCCAUACAGUUGUGAGCGUUGGUUGUGCUCCGGCAGCUCCCUCGAUUUUAACGUUUGCAACAUUUGGUAGCCAUGUUUUGAAGAAGCGUUGCUUCUUUGACACCAAACGACCUGCAUUCGGUCCAUCUCGAAGAGUUGUAGCAAUGACAUCGCCCAUAUCUCGCAACUCACGCCACAUUCGUUCAAUUGUUCGUCGCAUUUGUAGUAAUCGUUUGCUCACAUUGGUUACAAUGAGUGUUGGUAAGCCAACAACAGGAUUUGGUACACAACCCACACAUGUUACUGUAACCUAACACCCAAUUGUGUUAAUAUGCAAACGCUGCAGUGGAAAAAGAGAUUAGAAGAAAACACUUGUGUUCUGUUCAAAC